ACCAGGAAGUACUUGUGUAUCCUUUAGCUAGCUAGCUAUGGAUAGCACAGAGUGAAAUUGUGUGUGACAGUAAAGUUUGUCUGAAUUAAAUUCAUACUACGCUUUUGUCUGUAAGACAUAUGCCAGGUGAACGCCGUGGAUAGUAGAUAGCUGUGUCGCUGAUAGGAAAGAAGGGGAGGCUGUGUGCGAUGAAAAUGAUUUUCUUACCACUGUCUGAUAAGCAAUGAUAGGCUUGACAAAUUAUGCGGGGGUUAUGGAAAGUCUAAUGAAUUCUGCUGAAGAGAAGCAGCCCUCCUCUCCACUGACCAACUCAUGGGCCAAUAAACAGGAAUCAAGCAAGAGUCAAAAGCCAAAUGGUGUGGGGGGGUUUGUUUUAGUGCAUGCAGGAGCAGGAUACCAUUCUGAAUCAAAGGCCAAGGAGUACAAGCAUGUAUGCAAAAGAGCCUGCCAGCGAGCUGUCGACCAACUCAAAGCUGGGGCUCUUGCUGUGGAAGCAGUAGCUGCAGCACUAGUUGAACUUGAGGACUCUCCUUUUACAAAUGCUGGCAUGGGCUCCAACCUUAAUUUGUCUGGGGAAAUUGAAUGUGAUGCAAGUAUCAUGGAUGGAAAGUCUCUGCAUUUCGGUGCCGUAGGAGCUCUUAGUGGUGUUAAGAACCCAGUGUUGGUUGCAAACCGUCUGCUGAGUGAAGCACAGAAAGGGAAACUUUCAGCUGGCAGAAUACCACCCUGCUUUUUAGUGGGGCGAGGAGCACAUGAUUGGGCAGUCAGCCAUGGAAUACCACCGUGCCCUUCAGAUAAAAUGGCCACCAAGUUCAGUUUAUCUGCAUACAAGAGGAACAAGCGAAAGAUGGAGCUGGCAGAGAAAAUGGACACAGGACAUAAUCAGACAAAGAAAAGACGACAAUCGAGUGAAAAUGAAAAUGGCUCAGGGUGCCUCGACACAGUUGGAGCUGUUGUGGUGGACCUGGAGGGGAAUGUAGCUGCAGCAGUGUCCAGCGGAGGUUUGGCUAUGAAACAUCCCGGCAGGGUUGGCCAGGCUGCUCACUAUGGAUGUGGCUGCUGGGCUGAAAAUGCCUCUAAUAUGAACUCUUACUCCACAGCAGUGAGUACCUCAGGCUGCGGAGAGCAUCUGAUUCGCACCAUGCUGGCACGGGAAUGCUCCGCUGCCAUGCAGUCUGAAGAUGCCCACCAAGCCCUGCUGGAGGCUAUGCAAAACAAGUUCAUCAGCUCACCCUUUCUGGCCAGCGAAGAUCGUGUUUUGGGUGGAGUAAUUGUCUUGCGAUGUUGCAGAUGUGUGGAAGCUCAGCCAUCUCAAAAUAUUCAGGGUAUACUGGUGGAGUUCCUGUGGAGUCACACCACAGAGAGCAUGUGUGUUGGCUACAUGUCUGCCCAAGAUAGCAAAGCAAAGACACACAUAUCCAGAUUACCACCCGGGACAGUUCCUGGACAGUCUUUGGCCAUCGAGGGAGGGGUGUGUCGGCUGAUGGGUGUAGUGGAGUGAACCAUGUUUUCCUUACUUCUGGGCUUCUUCAGCAAUACCCCUACAUAAACUCUUCCACCCACCCACCCACACACACACACACACACACACACACACACACACACACCCACACACACCCUCACCUCCCCACAGCCUUUGUGAUGCCAGAAGUAAUAAGCUUUCACUGUUUAAACAGGUGUCCAGGAAGAAGGGAGGAGUGUUAGCUUCUACUUAGUGCACUUACA